CCUUGCUGCGCGGUGUCUGGGGAGAGGAAGCGCCCGCCGGUGUCCGCCAGCCCGCCGGUGCUGCCGCCGCACGGUAUGCGCUGACCCGCCCCGCCCGCCCGCGGAGCGCCCGCACGGCGCCCGCCGCCAGCCCGAGGCGUGAAUGACAGAGGAGGUGCCCCCCACUGCACUUACAGACGUAAACCUGCGUCUUCUCUGCCACAAUGACAUAGACACAGUGAAACAGCUCUGUGGUGACUGGUUCCCAAUAGAGUACCCUGACUCAUGGUACCGGGAUAUCACUUCCAACAAGAAGUUCUUUUCUCUCGCAGCCACUUAUAGAGGCUCCAUUGUGGGAAUGAUAGUGGCAGAGAUCAAGAGCAGGACAAAGGUUCAUAAAGAGGAUGGAGACAUCCUAGCUUCCAAUUUUCCUUUGGACACACAAGUUGCUUACAUCCUAAGUCUUGGAGUGGUGAAGGAAUUCAGGAAACAUGGAAUAGGUUCGCUUUUGCUUGAAAGUUUAAAAGACCAUAUAUCGACAACUGCCCAGGAUCACUGCAAAGCCAUCUACCUGCACGUCCUCACCACUAACAACACAGCAAUAACCUUCUAUGAAAACAGAGACUUUAAACAGCACCACUAUCUUCCCUAUUAUUAUUCCAUCAGAGGGGUCCUCAAAGAUGGCUUCACCUACGUCUUGUACAUCAAUGGUGGACAUCCACCAUGGACAAUCUUUGACUACCUGCAGCACAUUGGAUCAACGCUGGCCAGCCUGAGCCCAUGUUCAAUUCCCCAGAGGAUAUAUCGGCAGGCCCAGAGCCUUCUCUGCAGCCUUCUCCCUUGGUCAGGCAUUUCUGCCAAGAGCGGCAUUGAGUACAGCCGGACAAUGUGAUGGGAGCGGAAGGUACAGAAGGCAAAGGGAUUGUUCUUCCUUUCAUCUCCUGAACCAUCCGGCUCUGCAUUGGUGCCUGUGAUGAUGACAGCUCUUGAUCAGUGACCCAACCCCUGGACAGGACUCCUUGCUCCACAGGUUGACCGAGAUUUGGUAGACUUCACACUUGCGGGGCUGCAGCCCUGCCUUCCCCCAUGGCCUCGAGCCCUGGCUGUGCCCCGGCUGAGGGCCCUUUGCAUCACCACUCUGUGUGCAUGUUGCACUGUCCCUGCCACUUCCCUCGCCUCUGGGUUGCUCCUAUUUGUAUACGUGAUGUAGAGGGGUUCAGCUGCUUGCUUCCACACCAUGGCUACUGAAAGCAGGGGGAAUGAGGUUAAUGAAUCUGUGCUAACCAUGUAAAUGAACUGUAAGUGCCCUGGCAGGAUGUAGUCAUGCCCUUAUUUCCAGGGAAGGGGGAGCAGGAUGAGGGGAAGUGGGGAUCAUGUCUGGGUCCUGCCAGGUCAGGUGUUGGUGCUUCCUGCGGGUAACCUCCAGGGAGGGCAACUGCCUCGCAUGAAAAGCACCCAGCCCCACCAGCCCUCCAGAGUGGUUUACAAAGCAGCAUCUCAUUCAGGAUGCAUCGAGUAGAAGGCAGGGAAUUAAAUUGCUAUUUCAUAGUGAAAUAUAUAUAUAUUAUACUGUAUAGAUCUUUCUGCCUUUGUCCAAGUUGGAAUGUAGCAGGGGAGGGAAGCUAGGGUGUAGAACUGCUGCAGCCAGAGCCCUGCUCCUCCACUGCAUGCACCCCCCCUUGGCCCCGGGGCUGGACUAUGCAGGCUGCUUAGGGAUGAGAUCUGUGCACAGAUCACAGCAGCUUCUCCUUGCUGCUCAUUGUUGUGCUUCAGGCCAUGGUCUGGGCAUCCCCAGGGCAGUGUCAGCAGGCAGUCUCCUGGUGACUGUCCUGUGGUUGUCCAGCAGUGUCCUGGCUGCAGGAGCCUCCAUGGGCAGGCCAGCCUGGGGCUGGGUCUCAGCUCACUAGCAGUUAACAUCCAGCCUGUGCCCCUGGGCUGGCACUGCCCAUGGCUGUUCUGGUUGGUGUUGCUGGUCCCUCUUCUGGGAUCAGAGAGGUCUAACUCAAUCACUGACAGAAGGCAGAAAGGUUUCCAUGAGGAUGGUCAAGCUUGAAGCUGUUGGAGUCUGAGCUUGGAGACCUUCAAGCCCUGUGAAUCUGGGGCUGACCUUGCUGUGGGCCUUGCUCUGAGGGCAGAAGUCCCUUCCAACCCAUCCUCUGGCUCAGCAGGGCAAGCAGCUGGGUGCAGUUGCAGCAGCAGUCAGGCUGAGCAUGGCUCAAGGGAUGCAGUUCUGUAGCAGAGGACCCACAAUGGGGUAGGGAGCUGCAGCCUGAGCUGGAAGCUUCAGCUGAGGUACCUCUCUUCGGGGUUGUAGCUAGGGCACAGGAUGGGAGAGGAGCUCUGUUGCCAUGGCUGGGAUAGGCUGCGGGGGCUUUGGCUGUCCCCAGUGCUCCUCUUGCAUCCUGGCUGGGCCCCACUGCCAGGGCAGGCACCACUGUGACCCCCUUCAUUCCACAGUGCUUUCCAUGGGGAGACCUGAGGCACCCUUCCAGCCUUAUUUAUCUUGCCACGUUUUGGGGUUUUUUGCUCAUCCACAUUUUAGUUAAACAUGUCUGUUUGUUGAUUUGCGAGUUUCUUUAGGAGCUCAAGCCCCUGGCUUUCCUCAGCAUUUGCUUUCUCUGGACCAGAAGGCCUCUUUCUCUCCCGAUUCCCUGGCACUGUUCCCCACUCUCCCUGCUGCCCGUUAACCCAGCUCCGCUGCUGCAGUUCUUGGGCGCUCCCUGAGGGGAGCUGUUACUGCGCUGUGUCCUCUGCCACCCUGCCCCGAGGAGCGCCAUUGCUGUCCCCAUUGGCCUCUCUAAACGUCUUCAAUUAAACUAAGCCUCUUUCCUGA